AGAGGUUAAAGUUGACGCUUCCGGCCGGUGUCUCUCUUCAUCUCUCCGCUUCCCGCAGACAGUCCUUCACUCAGCAAAGCCAUGUCCAACGUCGCCGAUACCAAACUAUACGAUAUUCUCGGGGUCUCCCCCUCGGCCUCCGAGAACGAACUGAAAAAGGCUUAUCGGAAAUUAGCAAAGGAAUAUCACCCUGACAAAAAUCCAAAUGCUGGGGACAAGUUCAAAGAGAUUAGCUUUGCAUAUGAAGUACUAACUACACCAGAGAAGAAGGAAUUGUACGACCGUUAUGGGGAACAGGGUCUGCGAGAAGGUGGCUGUGGAGGAAGUGGGAUGGAUGACAUAUUUUCCCAUAUUUUUGGCGGUGGUCUGUUUGGCUUCAUGGGUGGACAGGGUCGGAGCAGGAACGGAGGGCGGCGGAGAGGAGAAGAUAUGGUCCACCCCCUGAAGGUGUCACUUGAAGAUUUGUACAAUGGAAAAACAACCAAAUUACAGCUGAGCAAGAAUGUUCUUUGUAGCGCUUGUAAUGGUCAAGGUGGGAAGUCUGGUGCGGUCCAGAAGUGCACAGCCUGCAGGGGGCGUGGUAUGCGCAUAAUGAUCAGACAGCUGGCUCCUGGCAUGGUGCAACAGAUGCAGUCAGUGUGCACUGACUGUAAUGGUGAAGGUGAGGUGAUCAGUGAGAAAGACCGCUGCAAAAAGUGUGAGGGGAAGAAGGUGAUUAAAGAAGUGAAGAUUCUGGAGGUGCAUGUGGAUAAAGGUAUGAAGCACGGACAGAAGAUCACCUUCGGCGGUGAGGCUGACCAGGCACCUGGAUUAGAACCUGGAGACAUUGUCCUGGUCCUGCAGGAAAAGGAGCACGAGACGUACAGAAGAGAGGGCAACGACUUGCACAUGACCCAUAAGAUCGGCCUUGUUGAAGCACUUUGUGGGUUCCAUUUCACAUUGAAACACUUAGAUGCUAGGCAGAUUGUGGUGAAAUACCCAGCUGGCAAAGUCAUUGAGCCAGGUUCAGUCAGAGUUGUUAGAGGAGAGGGUAUGCCACAGUACCGUAACCCCUUCGAGAAGGGUGACCUGUUCAUCAAGUUUGACGUUCAGUUCCCAGACAACAAUUGGUUAAGCCCAGAGAAGCUGACGGAGUUAGAGGACUUGCUGCCUACACGGGCCGAAGCGCCAGUCAUCUCUGGAGACGCAGAGGAGGUGGACCUGCAGGAGUUUGACAUGAGCCAGAGCUCCUCUGGUGGUCACCGCCGUGAAGCAUACAACGACAGCUCGGAUGAAGAAGGAGGACAUCAUGGGCCUGGCGUGCAGUGUGCCCAUCAGUAAACCCGACCACAGCAAAUAUCUUGUCCGGCUCCAACAGUGGGGAUUAAAAAAAUGUUCUAGUUGCACAAUAAACAGGUGUGUUUAUAAUCCGA